AUGUUACGAGUUCACACAGUGUCGGGGGAAGUCCUCGUCACAAUUGAGCUACAGAGCUUUCUCGACAUCGCUGCAGCGACAGAGAGCCACCCCGUCCGGGCACUGAAGAACUACUUGCAGAGCUUGUGCGGGCAGCCAAGAUUCAGGCAACGGCUGGUAGUGUCGGAAGAUGGCAUCGUGUUGAGUGACACGGAGGACGAACACAUCUUAAAUCCCGGCGAUGUUCAGCUCGUGCUUGUGAACUUCAGCUCAACAUCUGAACUGCAAAUAGAAAAGCUUCGGCGUGCUGCCUUGAGUGGACAGACAUCAGUCGUGGAGACGAUUCUGCGAAGGCCACAAGACCCGGAUUUGGGUGAUCCAGCCCCGUUGCUCCUCGCAUCCGGAGGCGGCCACGUAGGGGUUGCACGCCUCUUGUUGGAGGCCAAUGCGGACAAGGACAAGGCCACGAAUCAUGGCGCCACCCCGUUGUUCGUCGCAGCUCACCAAGGGCAGUUAGAGGUUGCACGGCUGUUGUUGGAUGCGAAGGCCGACAAGGACAAGGCCGAUGACCAUGGCACCACCCCGUUGUUCAUCGCAGCUCACCAAGGGCAGUUAGAGGUUGCACGCCUGUUGUUGGAUGCGAAGGCCGACAAGGACAAGGCCACGAAUCGGGGAGACACCCCAUUGUUCGUCGCAGCUCACGAAGGGCAGUUAGAGGUUGCACGCCUCUUGUUGGACUCGAAGGCUGACAAGGACAAGGCCACGAAUCGUGGCGCCACCCCAUUGUUCAUCGCAGCUCAGAGAGGGAAUUUGGAGGUUGCACGCCUCUUGUUGGACGCGAAGGCUGACAAGGACAAGGCCGAUGACCAUGGCACCACCCCCUUGUUCAGCGCAGCUCAGAAGGGGCACUUGGAGGUUACGCUCCUGUUGUUGGAUGCGAAGGCUGACAAGGACAAGGCCGAGAAUGAUGGCCCCACCCCGUUGUUCAUCGCAGCUCAGAAAGGGCACUUGGAGGUUACACUCCUUUUGUUGGAGGCCAACGCGGACAAGGACAAGGCCACGAAUCAUGGCGCCACCCCGUUGUUCGUCGCAGCUCACCAAGGGCAGUUAGAGGUUGCACGCCUGUUAUUGGAUGCGAAGGCCGACAAGGACAAGGCCGAGAAUGAUGGCACCACCCCGUUGUUCAUCGCAGCUCAGAAAGGGCACUUGGAGGUUACACUCCUUUUGUUGGAGGCCAACGCGGACAAGGACAAGGCCACGAAUCGUGGAGGCACCCCAUUGUUCAUCGCAUCUCGAAAAGGGCACUUGGAGGUUACACUCCUUUUGUUGGAGGCCAAUGCGGACAAGGACAAGGCCACGAAUCGUGGAGACACCCCAUUGUUCAUCGCAUCUCGAAAAGGGCACUUGGAGGUUACACUCCUUUUGUUGGAGGCCAAUGCGGACAAGGACAAGGCCACGAAUCAUGGCGCCACCCCGUUGUUCGUCCCAGCUCACCAAGGGCAGUUAGAGGUUGCACGGCUGUUGUUGGAUGCGAAGGCCGACAAGGACAAGGCCGAUGACCAUGGCACCACCCCGUUGUUCAUCGCAGCUCACCAAGGGCAGUUAGAGGUCGCAUGCCUGUUGUUGGAUGCGAAGGCCGACAAGGACAAGGCCACGAAUCGGGGAGACACCCCAUUGUUCGUCGCAGCUCACGAAGGGCAGUUAGAGGUUGCACGCCUCUUGUUGGACUCGAAGGCUGACAAGGACAAGGCCACGAAUCGUGGCGCCACCCCAUUGUUCAUCGCAGCUCAGAGAGGGAAUUUGGAGGUUGCACGCCUCUUGUUGGACGCGAAGGCUGACAAGGACAAGGCCGAUGACCAUGGCACCACCCCAUUGUUCAGCGCAGCUCAGAAGGGGCACUUGGAGGUUACGCUCCUGUUGUUGGAUGCGAAGGCUGACAAGGACAAGGCCGAGAAUGAUGGCACCACCCCGUUGUUCAUCGCAGCUCAGAAAGGGCACUUGGAGGUUACACUCCUUUUGUUGGAGGCGAAGGCUGACAAGGACAAGUCCAUGAACGAUGGCACCACCCCAUUGUUCAUCGCAGCUCAGAAUGGGCAUUUAGAGGUUGCGCGCCUCUUGUUGGACGCAAAGGCUGACAAGGACAAGGCGAAGGCUGACAAGGACAAGUCCAUGAACGGCGCCACACCUUUUUUCUUUGCAGCUAAGAAAGGGCAGUUAGAGGUUGGGCGCCUUUUGUUGGAUGUAAAGACUGACAAGGACAAGGCCACGAAUCAUGGCACCACCCCAUUGUUCAUCGCAGCUCAGACUGGGCAUUUAGAGGUUGCACGCCUCUUGUUGGAAGCGAAGGCUGACAAGAACAAGGCCACGAAUCCUGGCGCCACCCCAAUGCUCAUUGCCGCUCAGAAUGGGCACUUGGAGGUUGAACGCCUUUUUUUGAACGCGACGGCUGACAAGGAGGCAAUGCCAUAA